CGCAAAGUGGUUCAAGUCGUACCAAGGUUUUCGUUAUAAGUAGUCGAGAAUUUUAGAGACUAGACACUAGAGUACGUAGUAGUUAGGUUUCAUCUGUCUCUAGUGCAAACAAAUUAAGUCAUUAGAUAAUUAUGGACAAACCAUUAUUGAUUGAUGUUCAAGGAGAAGGAGAUGGAUCAACUAGUAAUGGCAGAAGGAAUUCAAUACCAUUUCGGAGAAGAAGAUUUAAUGCCAUUUCUCAUGGAAGUUCUUACGAGAGAGCUGUUGCUCUUGUGGUUCUGGCAGAAGAUGGAAUUGGAUUACCUGAGCAAGUUCUUGAGAGCGAAGAUUAUGGAAAAGCCGCCAAAAUCUACUUCAUCUUCAUUUGGUUUAAUCCAUUAUGGUUCCUCAAUUUGUUUUCCCUGUUACUACUCAAUUUUCUUGAGAAGCCCUUAUGGUGUGAACAAUACAAUUCUACACACUCAUGUAAUGACGACAGAGAUUACUUCUUUCUUGGCCAGUUGCCGUACCUAUCUGUUCCUCAGUCUCUCAUUUACGAGGGCAUAACUCUUGUCAUACUCACUCUGCACACGUUCUUCCCGUUGGCGUAUGAAGGACGCCAUUAUUUUUGGAAGGACCAUGUGUACAAAUGGAAGGUCGUCUUCCUGUUAAUUUUAGCGGCUGAUGUAGUGGUUUAUGCCCUUCUCCCUGUUAAUUCUAUACCACUAAGGGUUGCACCAUAUAUCCGUGUCGUCUUUGUUAUCUUAAACUUAAGGGAUUUACGAGAAUGUUUCGUUCUUGUGGGGGGAAUGUUGGUCACAUACCUCAAUAUCUUGGCUCUUGCACUCUUGUUUUUGGCGUUCUCCAGUUGGGCAGGGUAUAUCAUAUUUCAAGGCACACAACAAGGGAGGACUACAUUUUAUUCUUUCGGUGUCACAAUGUAUCAAAUGUUUCUUCUAUUUAACAGAUCAAACGACCCUGAUGUUUGGAUACCUGCAUACAAGGAAUCACGUUGGUAUUCUCUGUUUUUUAUUCUUUACAUCCUACUGGGAGUUUUCUUUCUCUCAAAUCUGAUACUUGCUGUUGUAUACGAUAGGUUCAAAGCUCAGCUUGCUGGACAAGUUGCUAAGAAAGAUAAAUUAAGGACAAGGAUAUUGACGAAAGCCUUCAAUCUUAUUGAUACAGAUAUGGAAAGCAUGAUUACCAAGGGCCAGCUCUAUAGGUUGAUCGAGGAAUUGAAUAAAUUCAGGUCUUUGCCGAAAAUUGAAAAUGAGGAAGUUGAUCAUAUUUUCAAGGAACUAGAUGAUAGUCAAGACUUCAAGAUUAAUUUGGAGGAAUUUUGGAAGCUCUCCAAUGCAAUUGCGUUUAAAUUCAAAAAGGCCGAAGUUCCAUCUUGGUUUGAUUACUAUCCAAACUUCUACAAUUCUCAUCUCAGUAAAAAACUGAAAGGUUUCGUGAGGAGCUCCAAAUUUGGAUAUAUUGUGUUUUUCUUUCUGCUGCUGAAUGUGGUUGCUGUAAUUAUUGAAACAACGCUUGAUUUACACAACAGAAGUGUUCAGAGGUUUUGGCAGGAGGUUGAGUAUAUAUUCGGGUUGAUCUAUCUCCUGGAAAUGGCUUUAAAAAUAUUCUCAUAUGGUUUUGAAAAUUACUGGAGCAAAGGGCGAAAUCGUUUUGCUUUUGUUAUCACAUGGAUAAUGGUUAUUGGUGGAUUCACAGCUUUAACCUUCCCUGACGCUACUUUCCUUUCAAACGGUGAAUGGAUUAGGUACCUUCUGCUUGCAAGAUUGUUGCUGUUAGUGAGGCUUUUGAUGCUGGUUCCAAAUUACAGAAAUUUCAUUUCAACAUUCUUCACCCUUAUUCCUGCUUUGAUGCCAUAUCUGGGGACGGUCUUUUGCAUCUCAAGCAUAUACUGCACUCUCGGUAUGCAGGUCUUUGGGGGGAUUGUCAACUCUGGCAAUCCUAAGUUGCAAUCAUUGGAAUUUUACUGUAACGACUAUCUUCUCUUCAAUUUCAAUGAUUACCCUAAUGGAAUGGUGACACUUUUCAACUUGCUUGUCAUGGGAUUCUGGGAGGUGUUGAUGCAGGGAUACAAGGAACUGACAGGAACAUCAUGGUCACUUGUAUACUUUAUCAGCUUUUACGUAAUAACUGUGUUGCUUCUUUUGAAUUUGGUUGUGGCAUUCGUUUUGGAGGUCUUCUUCUCCGAAAUAGGGAAUAAGGAAUUCCAGUAUUCAGAUGAUAGUUCCAGAGGCAGUUCUCGAAAAAUGCAAACAAGGAAAGCGAAAGUAGAUGCACUUCUUCAUCGCAUUUUAGAACCACAGAUUAAGUCUCCAGAAUUCUGUUUGGACGAUUGUGUUUAGGUUUCAGCUCGGAUCCAGUUUUCUCUCUGCUUCAGUUGGUUUUCUUCAAUUUUAGAUUUUCGAUCUUAAAUCCACAGGCUAUUACUAAACCAGUUACAGAUGAAUGUGCUUUCAUCGAAGAAAAUGCGGGAUUCAUUUUCGGCAAUCUUACUUCCCUGAAUUUGUUGACGUGGAUGAGAAUCAAAUAGAGCAAUGGAACCAUAGAACCCCUCCCCUCAAGAUUUUGGAGUCACCUCGAAUGGACGGAGAAGCACAAGAACUUUGUCUAUGAGAAUCGUCAUUUAUCCCCGGAAAUGCCUAAUUAGUUGCAGUUGGAAGAAGAACAAAUUAACCAUACAUCCAUCAUAGCUAGCUGACUACCUCACAUCCUCCCAAACCAUACCUUUGUCUAUGGUGGAAGACUAGCAGUUGAGGUUAGCAGACUUGCAAGCAUUAAUGUUGAGAGACAGACUGGAGGAAUUAUCUCAUCAAAUUAAAAGGAUCUGAUACUCGGUAUAUAUCGAUAUGUAUAAUAUGGUUUAACUCAGUACAUGUGGAUAUGUAUUGGGUUUUAACUCACUACAUGUCGAUAUUUACUAAACUUGGCUAAAUUAUAUAGUUUUUGGCAGAAA